AUAAAAAAGUAAUUUAUUUAUUUUCUAUAAAAGUAAAAAAUCAAAAAAAAUUCAAUCAUGUUACCAGGAAUAGGAUUAUUCGGAACGGGAAGUGUAGUUCGUAUGAUUGUACCUUUUCUAAGAGAGAAAGGUUUCAAAAUAGAAGCAUUGUGGGGUCGAACUCUUGCUGAAGCUUUAGGAGUUGCUAAGGAUCUUGAUAUACCUUUUCAUACAAGCAGCAUUGAUGACGUUUUAUUACGUAAAGAUGUAGAUCUUAUAUUUAUCAUGUGUUCACCAAGUUUGCACGCUCAAAUCGCAGUCAAAGCUCUAGGUAUUGGUAAACAUGUAGUCUGCGAUAAACCAGCAGGGCUAAGUCAAAGUGAAGCUUUGAAGAUGGUUCGUGCAGCUCAGUAUUAUCCUUCAUUAAUUAGCAUUGUUAAUCAUAGUCUGAGGUUUUUGCCGGCGUUUGUGAAAAUGAAAACUGCUCUAGAUGAUGGUUAUCUUGGUGGUCCUGUCACUGUAAUUGACAUCCGAGUUCAGAUGGGAAGUCUUCUUAGAAAUGGAUAUGACUGGCUUUGUGAUGAUACAAUGGGUGGAGGAAUCUUAGCAUUGGUUGGUAGUCAUGUAAUAGACUUGAUAUUUCAUUUACUAAAUCAAAAAGCAUCACGAGUUCAUGCUGUUGUGAGAACUUUUACUCAAACAACGAAACACAUUAAUGGAAUUCGACGUGUUACAUCUCCAGAUUUUUGUAGUUUCCAAAUGGAAUUAACAGGUGGUACUUUAGUAACAGCUACGUUGAGCAAUCAUCUUCAAGGUCAAUUAACUCAAGAAGUUCUUAUUUGUGGAGCAAAUGGACAUCUAGUAGUUCGAGGUGGUGAUCUUUAUGGUUGUAAAAAUGGUCAAGAAGAAGUGUUAUAUCGUGAUAUGGAGAGUCUCAAGGAUUCAUAUCCAGGAGUAUCAGAUUCAAUACCACGGCCAUAUGUAAAAGGACUGAAAAAAAUGAUUGAGGCACUUAGAGAAGCUUUUCAACCCGUUGAAGAUAAAAGGGGAUGGAUAAAGGAACCUGUGUCACAAGCUGCCACUUUUGAAGAUGGCCUUUAUAUUCAGGCUGUAAUUGAUGCACUUAGGCAAAGUAAUAAACGGCGCGAAUGGACUAAAGUAACUAUAUUAACUGAAGAGCCCGAUCCCAACCCACUUUUAAGUGCUGCUGUUCGUGCGACAGCAAUUUCAAUUUAACAUUAUUAUAUUUAGAAAAAUAUUGACUAAUAUUUAUUAUCAAAAUGAACUCAAUUAUCGUUCAUAGACAGUAUUAUUAAUAUUGUUGACUCACUUUUAAAAGUAAUAUCCUGAAUGUUAGGAUAAAGUGAAUAACAAGAUGGUUGUAAUAAAAGACUAAAAAAAUUAUUAACAUACAUUUGAAAGCAAAAAAUGAUUUUACACAGAAUAAUAAUAAUAAUAAUAAUUGACGAUUUUAAG